AGGAAGUGAUGGCAGGAAGCAGAAAGUUAUGUAAUGCAUGAGAACCAGGAACUAGAGUCUUUUAAGCAAAUCAUUCGAGACCCUCGGGGUGAGGAUUCAGAGGCUAUCAGUCUGAGUAAACAGGAACUCACUCUCUUGAGGCUGAGGAUUUCAUAGAGUAAGAUCUUGGUGCUUUGGGGGCCCUCCUCAGGUGCAGCCAGAGCCCCAUGCCUGCCUGCCACCCUCGAGGCACUGCUACCCCACCCGGCCUCGCCAUCCCCGCCAGCAUCGCGGCUCCAGGGACCAUGGAGAAAAAGAGCGGUGAGAAAGGUAUCUGUAGCGUGUCUGGCGACGAAAAGAAGGGUCCUCUCAUAGUGUCCGGGCCCGACGGUGCUCCGGCCAAGGGCGAUGUCCCUGCGGGCCUUGGGGCGCCCGGCGGCCGCCUAGCUGUGCCACCUCGAGAGACCUGGACACGCCAGAUGGACUUUAUCAUGUCAUGCGUGGGCUUUGCUGUGGGCCUGGGUAACGUGUGGCGCUUCCCCUACCUGUGCUACAAGAAUGGUGGAGGCGUGUUCCUUAUUCCCUACAUCCUGUUCGUGCUGGUUGGAGGAAUCCCCAUUUUCUUCCUGGAAAUCUCACUGGGCCAAUUCAUGAAGGCCGGCAGCAUCAACGUCUGGAACAUCUGUCCCCUAUUCAAAGGCCUGGGCUAUGCCUCCAUGGUGAUUGUCUUCUACUGCAACACCUACUACAUCAUGGUGCUGGCCUGGGGCUUCUAUUACCUGGUCAAGUCAUUCACCACCACUUUGCCCUGGGCCACGUGUGGCCACAGCUGGAACACUCCUGACUGUGUGGAGAUCUUUCGCCGUGAAGACUGUGCCAAUGGCAGCCUGGCCAACCUCACAUGUGACCAGCUUGCUGACCAUCGGUCCCCUGUCAUCGAGUUCUGGGAGAACAAAGUCUUGAGGCUCUCUGCGGGGCUGGAGGUGCCAGGGUCCCUGAACUGGGAGGUGACCCUAUGCCUACUGGCCUGCUGGGUGCUGGUCUACUUCUGUGUGUGGAAGGGGGUCAGGUCAACAGGAAAGAUCGUGUACUUCACCGCUACAUUCCCCUAUGUGGUCCUCGUCGUGCUGCUGGUACGAGGGGCGCUGCUGCCUGGAGCCCUGGAUGGGAUCGUCUACUAUCUCAAGCCUGACUGGUCGAAGCUGGGGUCCCCUCAGGUAUGGAUAGAUGCCGGGACCCAGGUUUUCUUCUCUUACGCCAUCGGCCUGGGGGCCCUCACAGCCCUAGGCAGCUACAAUCGCUUCAACAACAACUGCUACAAGGACGCCAUCAUCCUGGCACUCAUCAACAGUGGGACCAGCUUCUUUGCUGGUUUUGUGGUCUUCUCCAUCCUGGGCUUUAUGGCCACAGAGCAGGGUGUGCACAUCUCCAAGGUGGCAGAAUCAGGGCCUGGCCUGGCCUUCAUUGCCUACCCACGGGCUGUCGCACUGAUGCCUGUGGCCCCACUCUGGGCUGCCUUGUUCUUCUUCAUGCUGCUGCUGCUCGGUCUGGACAGCCAGUUUGUAGGGGUGGAGGGCUUCCUCACUGGGCUCCUGGAUCUCCUCCCGGCCUCCUGCUACUUCCGUUUCCAAAGGGAGAUCUCCGUGGCCCUCUGCUGCGUCCUCUGCUUUGUCAUCGAUCUCUCCAUGGUGACCGAUGGUGGGAUGUACGUCUUCCAGCUGUUUGACUACUACUCGGCUAGCGGCACUACCCUGCUUUGGCAAGCCUUUUGGGAGUGUGUGGCGGUGGCUUGGGUUUAUGGAGCUGACCGCUUCAUGGAUGACAUUGCCUGUAUGAUUGGGUACCGACCUUGCCCCUGGAUGAAAUGGUGCUGGUCCUUCUUCACCCCAUUGGUCUGCAUGGGCAUCUUCAUCUUCAACGUUGUAUACUACAAGCCGCUGGUCUACAACAAUACCUACGUGUACCCAUGGUGGGGCGAAGCCAUAGGCUGGGCCUUUGCACUCUCUUCCAUGCUGUGUGUGCCCCUCCACCUCCUGGGUUGUCUCCUCAGGGCAAAAGGAACCAUGGCAGAGCGCUGGCAGCACCUGACCCAGCCUAUCUGGGGCCGCCACCUCUUGGAAUACAGAGCUCAGGAUGCAGAUGUCAUGGGCUUCACCACCCUGACUCCAGUGUCUGAGCGCAGCGAGGUCGUCAUGGUGGAGAGUGUCCUGUGACAGGCACCCCCAGCUCACAUCACCUGCUCAUCCUGUGGCAGUCGUGGCAGCCCCCGCUUUAGCCUCUACCCAUCCCACCAAGUUUGGAGGUCUGCCUGGGCCGGGGAGGGGAGGAAGCACCAAAAAUGCUAACAAAAAUAACUUUUUCCAUUUUUAAUAAAAUGCCAAAAAUGUCACCCCCCCCCCCCCCCAAUAUCUUGGUGAAGAAGAAGGGAACCUGUUGCAUUGCAGACUUGGUCCGGGCUGUGAGACACGAUUCUGCCACAGAUACAAUUGACAUUGCUCCACACCACAGAGUAGGGCACACACAAAAUUCUGCAGGGAACCAUGACCAUGCCUAACAACGACUUUGAAACCCCCCAAAAGAUGAUGGGAUCUCACCAUGAUGAUCCCACACGGACUAUGAUAAAGCCAUCAAGCUGAUUAACACCACCCAGAGAUCGGCUUUGGACUAUAAGCUGCUCAGAACAAUGUUGAGAUGGCUAGCUAAGAUCCCCACCAUGACAAUUUCAUCAGGAUGAUGAUAAUACCACUAGGAUGACAAACACUACCCAAAGAUCAGAUUUAGACUACAAACUGCUCAACACAAUUUUGAGAUGGCCAGCUGAGAUGAUCCAGCCUCACAGACCUUCUUG